UUGACAAGUGCAGUUAGUGCUAUCUAGCGUGAUUUGUAUGAACUAAAAGCGUUAUCACUUUCCCUGCCUCUGCUGAUUUGGCAACGAAGCCAAUAUUUGUCUUUUGGUGUCCUUACUAAUAACGCUAUAUUUUCGAAAUGUUGAGGCUUCCGUUCUCAAGGGGCUUGCCUUGUGUGCGGGUUGUAUGGUCAGCAGCUGUGAGGGGAACUGCUAGCAAUCCUGCUCCGGAGAAGAUUGAGGUCUUCGUUGAUGAUAAAAGUGUGCUUGUUGACCCAGGAACUACAGUUCUUCAGGCAGCUGCAAUGGUAGGUGUUGAAAUCCCUAGAUUCUGCUACCAUGAACGUCUUUCUGUUGCGGGAAACUGCCGAAUGUGCUUAGUUGAAGUGGAAAAGUCACCCAAGCCUGUUGCUGCGUGUGCUAUGCCAGUAAUGAAAGGAUGGCGCAUCAAGACAAAUUCUGAAAUGACACGAAGAGCAAGAGAAGGCGUCAUGGAAUUCCUGUUGGUGAACCAUCCACUUGAUUGUCCAAUCUGUGAUCAAGGUGGAGAAUGUGAUUUACAGGACCAGAGUAUGGCCUUCGGCAGUGAUCGCUCUCGUUUCACUGAUAUUCAUCAUUCAGGAAAGAGAGCUGUAGAAGACAAAGAUAUUGGACCUUUGGUGAAGACAAUCAUGACUCGCUGCAUUCACUGCACCAGAUGUAUUCGUUUUGCAUCUGAAGUCGCAGGGGUGGAUGACCUAGGAACAACUGGCCGUGGUUCCGAUAUGCAAGUUGGAACUUACAUUGAGAAAAUGUUCCUGUCAGAACUAAGCGGUAACAUCAUUGAUUUGUGUCCUGUCGGUGCUUUGACUUCAAAGCCCUACUCAUUCACUGCUCGGCCAUGGGAAACACGCAAAACUGAAAGUAUUGAUGUGUUGGAUGCUGUUGGAAGUAACAUUAUUGUUUCUACAAGGACUGGAGAAGUCUUGAGAAUUCUUCCUCGUCUCAAUGAGGACAUCAAUGAAGAAUGGCUAGCUGAUAAGGCACGAUUUGCCUAUGAUGGACUGAAACGUCAAAGGCUGAUGACACCCAUGAUGCGUAACAAAGAUGGUGAACUCGUUGUUGUAGAUUGGGAGGAUGCUUUGAUUGCCACAGCCUCAGCGCUCAGCCAUGCUCAACCAGAUGAGAUUGCUGGUAUUGCCGGUGGCUUGGUUGAUGCAGAGGCUUUGGUAGCCUUGAAAGAUUUGUUGAAUCGACUAGGCUCCGAAAAUUUAGUCACUGAAACUAUUUUCCCAAUGGAGGGAUCUGGGACCGAUUUCAGAACUAAUUAUUUGGCCAAUUCAACCAUUGCAGGCAUUGAAGAAGCUGAUUUGGUGUUAUUGAUCGGAACAAAUCCUCGCUUCGAAGCGCCCUUGUACAAUUCGAGGAUUCGCAAGUCAUACCUUCAUAAUGAACAGAAUGUAGCUCUCCUAGGACCAAAAAUUAAUUUAACUUAUGAUUAUGAGCACCUAGGUGAUAGUGCUAGUGAUCUGAAAAAACUGGUUGACGGGUCGCAUCCAUUCAGUGCUAAAUUGAAAGCAGCAAAGCGACCACUCAUCGUUCUAGGCUCACAGCAACUAGCUCGAUCAGAUGGAGCUGCCAUUCUAUCUCAUGUCCAGCAAUUAGCGAAGAAACUCUCUUCCAGUGCGGAACCUGACUGGAAAAUUUUGAACGUGCUUCAUUCAAAUGCAUCCCAAGUUGCAGCAUUAGAUUUAGGUUACAAAGCAGGAACUGCUGAAAUCAGGCAAAAACCACUCAAAGUUGUGUAUCUCCUAGGAGCUGAUGAAGGCACCAUAUCGCCAAACGAUCUUGCCUCCGGCGGUGUUGUAAUUUAUCAAGGACAUCAUGGUGAUGUUGGAGCUAGUAUGGCUGAUAUUGUCCUGCCUGGCGCAGCUUACACCGAAAAACAAGGAACAUACGUCAACACUGAAGGGCGGGCACAACAAACUCUAGUCGCUGUUACUCCUCCAGGUCUUGCCCGAGAGGACUGGAAAAUCAUCAGAGCUCUGUCAGAGUUGGCUGGUUACAAACUUCCGUAUGAUACUCUCUUUGAAAUUCGGGAUCGUCUUGAUGAUAUUGCCCCUCAUCUGACAAGACAUGGUGAAGUUGAAGAAGCUAGUUUUCUGGAUCAGUCAGUUGAACUUUCAAAGAACAUCGCAAGUUCAUUUGACUCCUCACCAAUUGACGUGAAGCAGAAACAUUUAGAAGAUUUCUUCAUGACAGACGCCAUCAGUAGAGCAUCACCAACUAUGGCCAAAUGUGUCCAAGCUGUGUUGAAGCAGAAGCAAUCUAAAUAUUAUGAAGGAGAAGUUUAAAGGAGACAAAAAGCGAUUAGCUCGUGAUAAUUAGCCUAUCAGGCAAGUUUUAGCAUCUCCUUAAAUGAAUCAUGCACUGAAAAAUCAAUCUGAUAAAAAAUUACUCAAUGUUAUAAGAGCCUAGAACUAUAUUUAUUUAUCUUAGUCUUAUUCCAUCUCAUAACCUGCAGUGGAGACCGUAUGUACUUUUAUUGACACUUGUUUUUAUGCUGAAUUUUAAGUUUGAAUCAUUGAAGUAGCAAAUGGAAGGUCGUAAUUUUAGUGAUAUUUGAAGGUAUGUAUCUCCACGUCCUCCUAAAAAAAUGCUGAAGUGAGGCUCAAUUUUUUAAUGUUUUGCAUAUUUCACAUAUUUUCUCAUGGUUUUCUGAUUCUCAUUAUAGUUGCGAACAAAAUUCGGAAUGUCUCUUUCAAAUCUAGAAAAAGUCCAAUAAAGCAGGAAAAAAAGAAACUGCUUUUGAUAAGAUCUUUUUAAUUUUUAAAGUAAGACAAAAAACCUAUGUCAAAAAUUUUUUUGCAAAUAACCACAUCCAAGAUUUUAUGCCCAUGAUCUGUGAAAACUUUUUAAUGCAAGUCAUACAGCUGUCAGUAGCCAGUGAUCCUCUCUUGACCCAUAACAUUUAUCCUUGGUAUGUUUUAUCAACCUACAACAAAGGACAUUUUUUAAAGCUAUGUAAUUUUCUGAAAAGUUUACCUUUAUAUUUGAAGGAAUGCAGUUUUUCUGAGCUUACAUAUAGGAAUUUUCCCUCUUAUAAAUUAAUUCACAGCUAGUUAAUUGAUUCGCCAUCACUACCGUCUAUUCUCCAGCAAAGCUGCUGUCGGACUCCAUCAUUAAUCGAGUCUGCUCUGAAGUAUAGGACUGCUUAUCAUUUUGUAAUCACCAGAAGUAGAUAGAACUUCUGUGCAUUGUUCCUUUCCUGCAAGGCUUCCUGUUUGUAAAUUGAAUUGUUAUUGUAAAUAUUUGAAUACAUUGUUUACGUAAUCUUAA